AUGGGGCAGCAAGGUUCUGGAGGGGAGGCCACGUACAGGAAAGUACAGCCCGUAUUGUUCGUGCGAGGUCUCGCUGCGCGUCGCCAACGAGACCAGCCCCGCCACCAUCGUCGAGCACGUCAUCGCGGUGAGUGUGACGUCACACGCCAUGUGUCAUGUGUCCCGGACUGCUCGUGCGAGGUCUCGCUGCGCGUCGCCAACGAGACCAGCCCCGCCGCCGUCGUCGAGCACGUCAUCGCGACGGCAACCAGACAAGAGGUGAUGGACGACAACGUGUACAUCCACACGCUGGUGGUCGCGCUGAGCUGCCUGCCCACCGCGCUCACCGUCGGCAUCACCAUCAACUACGUCGGCAAGAAGCCUAUGCUAGUAUUUAUGUUAAUAAGCUCCGGGCUGGCGGCACUGGGUCUGAACCUGGUGCGGUCGUCGCUGGAGAACCUGAUCCUGUCGUGCGUGUUUGAAGCCAUCGUAAGCUGCACGGAGGCGGUCCUCUUCUGCGUCAUUUGCGAGAUCUUCCCUACUAAAGUGGCCGCGACGGCCAUGGCGGUGACGGUGAUGUGCGGCCGCAUCGGCGCCAUCGUGGGCAACGUGGUGUUCGGCGCGCUCGUCGACCAGCACUGCGUCGUGCCCAUCUACAUGUUCGGCACCUUCCUCAUCACGAGCGGGCUGCUGUGUAUAAUACUCCCGAAGAGCACGCGGCCGGAGCGGCCGGUGCUGUGAUCGCGGACCGUUUAUUUUUAUAUUAUUAAACUAAUUAUAUUGUAUUA